AUGAAAGCUCUCAUCGUCAUUCUAGCUUUGAGUAGCUAUGUCGCGGCAACCGUUAUGAACUCUUUAGAGGCUCCAUCCACUGCACCAGCCUUGUUACCCCGACAAUCAGCCCAAUUUGGAACGCUUGGCUGGUACUCACUUAGCCAAACUGCUAGCUCAACCAUCUUGUCAUCACAUACGGCAGUUACUAUAAAUUCUGUCACGCGACGAGCUCAUUAUCUUGCCCACAAUGGACGGGGUGUUCCUCAGGGUACAUGCUUGGUGCUUCAACAGAUUCUUAUUGGCACGGACAUUUACCAAAUAAACCCGACUGACUCUAGAACUGCGGAACAACUGGUGUUACCAAGUACGACGACGUCAACAAGGCUAACGGCAUCUCUAACCCCAACUGCAACCUCGAAUCCUACCUCAAUCACCCAGACCGAGAGAAGCACACAGACCGUACCAGCACCCCCUCCAUCAUCCACUUCACCACCUUCAUCCCCUGGACAAAGCACGAAGAACACGGGAAUCAUCGUAGGCGGCGUAAUUGGGGGAAUCGUAGCCGUAGGUGCCAUUGGAAUCAUCGCACUUUUGAUCCUCCGCCGUGGGCGAGGACAACCUAUUGUUGGGGUGACAUACCCUCCGUCUCAAGAAUAUGGUAUGCCGCCGGUGCCGGAUAAGACUUCAGUGGCUCUGGCCCCAGGGUGCAAUCCGCACGCCUCCAUUAACCACUCAACGACCUCGGUGACGGCGAGCCCGGCGCCACUAGGGUAUUUAUGA